AUGAGAAGCAUGGCGGAGGGUGAGCUGUUGGAUUUUCUGGCGGGACAAGGAGUGGCCGCCGCAGAUCUUCUCCGGAAGGAGCAGGCAGACGCACGUGAUGCGCGGAAGAUGGUAGCGGGCACCAAGAAGGCUCUUGCGGCAGCAUCGACACAGGGGCGAACCAAUGAAGGAAGGCGAACGUUUCAGACGAUCCUCACGGCUGCUGCGUUCGACGGGGACGACGGGGAUGAGCCUUCAAGGGUAACGUCGAAGCGCAAGGCAGAGCUUCUUGGAGUCCACCCUGAGCACUUCGUGAGCGCUAACAAGCGUGUCGCAAGACUGAGGUCCGACCUCGCUCCAGAGGAAGCACUGGGCGAGGGCGCGUACUGGUUUCAACCGCGGGGCAAGAGGAGCGACGCAACUCCCCUUGCAAAGAGGGGAGGGUAGAGAGGGUCUCUUCUGUGUGACCACGGGUUGGAGUAAAACGAACGGCACCAGUGCUGUGAGCGCUGAUUUGAAGUGAAGACCAAAGUAAAAAACUUGGAGGAUGUUCGAUCCUAUUUGUACCACGCAAAGGGAAGGGGCGGCGAGUACCGUGAGACGCAGUAGUUCCUUCUUUCGAAAACCGUUCAUUCGUAGAGCCGGUCGCCCAGGUGGUCUAUCUAGUUACUAGUUGGUACCUCGAAACCUUCUCGAGGUCAGGUCAGGGGUUCGAAUUCCGGCGUAAGCGAGCUUUUCU